GAGUGGGGUUUGGCACUCCCGAAUCCCACUUCGAAUACAGCGCGCAAAACUCCACCAUCUUCUCUGUACUCGCAAAUGCUUGAUUAGUGUAUCGACGCUGUGUUGAAUGGCUUCUAUUUGCACCCGGUAGUUCCUCUGCCUAAGUGUCUCCCAGUUAGCCGCCAACUGCGUAGUACUUUGUCGAAGAACGAGAAAUGUCCCCGUCUCCCGGCGAUAGGCAUCCGCCACCUCAAGAUUCAAAAGCUAGCGGUCUUGCGAGCGUCUUCAAAGGUCUUGCGGGUGCUGCCAAGCUGACCAAGUCCUCACCAAUCACUGCUCAAUCCUCGGGCCCUUCCACAAUCCACGCCGAAAUCGCCGAUCAACUAAGCUCUGCACCCACUGUGCACGCUCUACCACUUCAGUACAUCGCAUCAUUCGAGCAACUGAAGGAUGGAACAAUUAAUGAACGAGUGGCCGCGGCCAACGCACUGCGCACGAUGGUGUCUAAACAUCCUUACAAUCCGGUGCUGGGUAUUUGGCAUGCUGCAAAAGAUCUUAUUGAUCCAACCAAUCCCAAAGCUACUCGUGUCACGGGGUGGGAGCUCUUAGCCGAGUGUGUGAAGCAUCCGUCUUCGUCCGACUUGGAACGAAAAGAGUAUUUCCAGACUAUUUCAGCUCUUGCAAGUCCAGAUGAUUUUCACCUACAACUCACUGCGCUGGACAAUCUAUCCAGCCACGGCCGAGAUAUCUCGGGAUUUGAUUAUGACCUAUUUCCAUUAUUGUCAUCAUGGCUACAUUCAAGCUUUCAUAUGGUGCGCUCUGCCAGAUCUACAGCGAAGAAGAAAGGCUCACGCUCAAAGAACAAAUCAAUUGUCACGAAGGAGAGCCAAGAUUUUGCAGACCUCUUCUCCUUUGUAGCGGAUGCCAUCAAGUUUAAUUCCGUUCUUGCCGAUGACGGGGCAGCGGAAGCUUUGGUAGAUAGCUUGUUGGAUAUAUGUCAAUUCACAAGCACUGCCGAUGAUAUGCGAGCAUCCAGUGGCAUCUUAAAUGCCAUCAUCACAUUUGGGGUAUUUCCCGGAAACAAGCUCAAGCAAUGUGUUCGAGUCCUUUCUGCUAUACACUGCUUGGUACCGGAUGCUCAGAAGGAUGCAUGGCAUACUAUUAGCAUUCUGUGUCGGUCGCACAAUGGUCAAGCAACCGUGAGAGUGCUGCUUGAUACUCUGACUGAUGUUGGAGCUACUGAAGGCAAGAAGAAUGAUACACGCCACAUUCGAGGUGUUCUCUCAGUCCUCCAGAAGCUUGUGAUAAAAAGUUCUGAGAAAGGUUACCCACCUAUACCUUAUGAUAUCCUAAUGAGCGGCUUGUCUAACGUCGUGGAGGCCACAUCAAGCUGGAAGAUUUAUCUGGACAUUCUGAAACUAGCGAAUGCGUUGUUUCGUGAUAGCCACGGUAAUAUCAACACUAUGGUUGUAGAUGAAGACUGGUCACUGAUCUUCGACGUUGCCGUCGCCUGUUCUGCGGGGGCUGUUACUCUUUUGGCAAAAUCUAGCCAAGCUGUUGGUUCUCCGUUGUCCCAGGAAGAUAGCGAUCACACUGAAGCAGCGCUAAUCAGGGAACUGCUGGUGCUAGUUUCCCGAAUCGAGAACAUCAUCAAUACUCAACAAGGCCCUUUAAUUCAACGGCAAGACUGUGUCUUGUUCUUCACCAAGAUCCACCUAGUAGUCCCGGACUCGGCGAGCACCCUGAUUCUGGAUUAUUUCAAGGAGUUCCGUUGUUGUUUCCCUUCGGAUGCACAGUGGAAAAUGAAUCUAGACAUGGUUUUAGAUGCCUUCUUUAAAGAUAGGAAGCGCUCUACAGAUGUAAGGCUGCGAGCUUUGCGCGUGAUCACCGAGGUCUAUGACAUGGUUGAGCUUAUGAGUCAGGAGUUAGAGCCAGACUUUGUUUUAAACCUCGUGAAGCGUUUGCUCACGGGGAUAGAUGAGGAGGCUGAUAUUUCUGUCUUGCAAGAGAUAGUGUCAUUUGCCGCAUCGGUUGCAACUACUAUAAGCUUUCCAGGGUUCUGUUAUAUUGCAGACACCUUACGCAGCAUUAUUGGUAGUAAUCGCUCCCGACCAGUCGUCUUCUCGCCCUCACAAAACUCUGCCGCCCCAUUUCCACCAACCCCUAGAAUAUCAGUGCCUCAGACGCCGGCAAAUGUUGUCACAAGAGGCUUCGUACAAAUCUUCCUUCGUAUUAUGAAUACGGAUACUGCUAAAGCAAUCCGUCUGUUCAACACACUUGUUUCGGUAGCGAAGUCAAACAACGAAACCGAUGCUCGUCUCACCGCAAUGAAACUCUUAUUUCGCGUAAGAGCUGAUUGGGCGAAUCGAAUCUUCGUCACUACAUAUACAGAAAGCAAUAGUUUAGCGACAGCACUGUGUCGCACAGAAGCAGCCAUAGCGCGUAAAUUGUCCGAAGAGGCAUCGCCGCAAGCCAGGCUGUCGAGAUCAGAGGCUGGCGGCUCUGCUAGGAUUGUCCGGGGUGUGUCUUUCUCCCAAACACAGCUGCCGGACCGAACUCCUCCACUCCGAGCGAGUGGAACAAAAGCAGCAGGCGCUACAUACCAAUCCUUAUGGGUUGCCUCUGACUCGGACGCGCUGCCAGAAGCGCCAUCUACAGUCGCUAGUCGUAUACUUUAUUCCAGCGUCCGUGACACUUCAAUGGAGGCCACUUCGGAGGGCGGUGAGGCCCUUCUACCUGUGGGACUAUGGCUCGAGACAAUUUUACACCUAAUACAAAGUGGCUGCGACUGGGAAGUAUACUGUUUCAUUCUUGUACAUCUCCCUUCGCAGCUAAGCAACCACGCUGUUUUUAACAGCGCUGUACCCCAGCUGCAAGAACUGCGGAGGGUGGUCUGUGAACAGAUCAGACAGGGCAUCUUACAGGAACCUCCAAGCGCUUCUGGAUUGCGCAAAGCUGAUAUUGCAAUCUGUCUCCUUCACGCCCUUACGAUGAUACUGAGCUAUCAUCGACAUUUCAAAAAGUCAGAAGAAGAUGAAAUUGUAUGGACCUUUGUACAGGCUAUAACAACAUGGGAGCGUAGUGCAAAGUGCUGCAUACAUGCGCUCACAAUCUGUUGUCAUGAACUUCCCUCAUCCGCGGGCAAAGCCUUGAUCCCUAUACUACAGCGAAUGGCUCAAAUCAUCACGCAGCCAUAUGUGGCAAUGCACAUUCUCGAAUUCUUGGCCAGCCUUAGUAGGCUACCAUCCUUAUACGUAAACUUUCGCGAAGAGGAUUACCGAAUCAUAUUCGGUAUUUCUGUCCGCUAUCUGCAAUUUGUUAGAGGCAAAAAACAAAGCUACAGGCCGAGUUCUGUUGGCGAUGCUACGCACUUCGGAAAACAGUUCCUUCCGGCUGAUAAUCCUUCACAUCCAAAUGCAUCUGAUGACCUUCCUCAAUACGUCUACACUCUAGCGUAUCAUGUUAUAAUAUUUUGGUUUUUAGCGGUGAAACUUGAAGAUCGUGCAAACCAUGUUCCGUGGAUUGCGAAACAUCUGUUUACAGACGUUGAUGGUUCCCAAGUUAUCGAUGAACAGGCUCAGACAUCCAUUGACUUCAUGCAGAGGGUGACAUAUGCUGACGUUGAUGAGUCUACUGCAGACCCUCUAUUCAAUGCUGAUCUUUUUGGCAAAAUCAUCAAGAAGAGAUGGUUGAUUGGCAAUAGCAUCGUCACUGUUGAACAAGCUGUAACUUCAGGCUGGGCUCAGAUCACGAAAAGACAGCCGUCGGGUACCUCAUCAUUCACAAUUUGCGAGUCAUUUCGUCCACCCCCUGCACACCAGCAGCCUGUCGACGAUAGUGCUCGAGACAGUACCACAGGCUCCACAAACUCUGUGCUACCGAACCACUUGCUUGUACAGCUUCUGUCACCAAUGCCGCAAUAUAACACUAUGAGCAAGCCGAUUCCACUUCCCGACGGUGAAGCUGUUGACAUGGCCAUCAGGGUGUUCGACCGUAAUUCAACGGUGGAUGGACACAAAGUUGGGGUCGUCUAUAUAGGCGAAAACCAAGUGGAUGAGACCGAGAUACUGGCAAACGUUUCUGGUAGCAGCGAGUAUGUGGAGUUCUUGAAUGGUCUUGGAAUCCUAACGAAGCUGAAAGGCGCAACUUUCAAUCUACAGGGUCUCGACAGGCAGUAUGGUACUGAUGGGGAGUAUACCUAUUGUUGGAGAGACCGUGUUACGGAACUUGUAUUUCAUGUCACGACUCAAAUGCCCACAGAUCUGGAGAACGACCCCCAUUGCACUUCGAAGAAGCGGCAUAUUGGCAACGACUUUGUUAACAUCAUCUUCAAUGAUUCAGGACUUCCUUUCAGAUUUGACACAUUUCCUUCAGAGUUUAACUAUGUCAACAUCGUCAUUACCCCGGAAUCUCGGGCGUCAUUCGUCGCUACUAGACAGAGGACACCGAAGGAUGUCGAGGAUUCUUUUUAUAAAGUUCAACUCAUGAGCCGGCCUGGUUUUCCUGAGAUAUCACCAGCUUCGGAGACUAAAAUUGUUAGCCUUAAGGCAUUGCCCAUUUUUAUCAGACUGCUCGCACUCAAUGCAUCGUUCUUCUCUCAGGUCUGGGCCAAUCGCGAAGGCGGGGAGCACCUUUCUUCUUGGGGCAAUCGACUGAGGAGUAUCAAUCAGUUGCGCGAAAAGUAUGGCCGAAAGGUUCCUCUUGGACCCCCAACACCUUCACCUCUUCAAAGCCAUAGCAAUGUAGCAACCUCCGGGAUCGGAGCGCAGCUAGAUGUUUCUCGAUCAGGGGGCACGGUCCGCGACAAUCUCAGAAGGUCUUCAGUAGCGACUUCAGUCGCCACAUUCUUCACUAAUUCGAGCGAGCAGAACUCACACCGCUCAUCAAUGCUCUCGACAGCAGCUACAGAAAAUACAGAGACCUUGCCGUCUACAGUAGCGGAUUUGUUAGUCGAGAGUCUUAACUUCUCGAAGUGGGCAUCAUAUCAAUCAAAUUCGGAAAAUUCACAAACACAGCAUAAAUAAGCCAUGUUGUCCUCGUGUAUAUACAAAAUUUGGGUUCAGGAUCAACAAAAAGCAGGGGUUGGGUAGCGGGUUAUGUAACGGCGUCUUGGAUAGGGCG